AUGCCUCGCGCAAGAUAUCCAACCCCGGCUCCUUCAACGGAAAUCAAGGGAAAAGAUGGUUCAAGCUAUUCUUCACUACAGAUGUCAUUUGAACUUCCUCCGCCUGCUGUAGCAGGAAUGGAAUCUCGACCAACCAGCUCCUCCACGAAAGCAUCAUCUGCCUCCUCAUAUCAACCUACUUCUCCGACUUCCCCAGCAAUUCCUGCCAGUGAAGCCGUUAAGCUUCGUCGAAGACCUGCUACACAAACUGCUGCCAAAGAUUCCUUCUCGCUACCACCUCCGCCUACUCGUUCCCGAAAGAUCAUACAAAUGAAACCUCGAGGUCAAGCCGAUGAAACAAUGAACACACCGGCAGAAAACACGAAGAUUGGUGGGAAACCUACUCCGAAUACGCCCAAGAAAAAGCAACCCUCCACAACAAGUGUCGCUGGACGAAAGACUGCAAGGAAAACUGCACAUAGCUUAAUUGAGCGUCGCAGAAGGUCGAAGAUGAAUGAGGAAUUUGGUGUUUUGAAGGACAUGAUACCAGCCUGCACAGGAGAAAUGCACAAGUUAGCCAUUCUACAGGCAUCCAUUGAUUAUGUUCGAUAUCUUGAAGACUGUGUUUCCAAAUUAAAAGCCGAGAAUUCUCGCGGCAAUUUCCCUACAACCACUGGAGAAUUUACAUUGCCGUCAACUGCACAUCGUGGCAGCUAUGCUCCAUCACGACAAUAUUCCACACGGGAAUCAGAAGAGGAUAUAGAAAUGACCGGCUCAGAACAUACAUCUAUCAAUUACGCCACACCCAUUCCCCCAUCUCAACAAACUUCUCCAGCCAUGCUCCCACAAGAUUUCCGGCAUAGACAAGAUUCAUACUCGUCGGUGUCAACCAAUCAUCGUCAUUACAGUAUCAGUACCUCAUCCACCACAUCUCCAGCUCUAGGUCCCUCAGUCUACUCGGAUUAUGCUCGAAGUAUUGCUUCUGUAGGCUCGGCGCUCACUAGUCCUGCGCUUAUACCUCAAAGAGAUUUAGAUGAGGAAGCUAGCGCGGCGCUCCUGAUGCUUAAUACGGAUCGUAGAGGUACGAAUAGUAACGCUAGUGGGGUCAGAGGAAUGAGUGUUAAAGAUCUAUUGAGCUCGUGA